ACGCCUUUCACAAAUUUCGAGAUACCAGAGAUAUAUCCGUUCAGACUGGUUUCCUUGCCAAUGUAGAUGGAACGGAGGCAAUCCCAAGAGCGUUGCUCAUCGGACAAAACAUACCUCAAAAAAGUCCCCACGGUUUAUAUGCUGAGAAGGGCUUAGGAACAUCACUCGCCGCACCACGAUGGGAGAAUCAACAGACAUGGGUUUAUUGCAUUAUUCCAUCAGCAUCUCACGCCACGUUCGAUGCUGUGCCCUGUGACAACAGCAUGGAAACAACAUUGAUUUACAUUUCGGUCAGCUCCGAUGGAAUCCUUUCGACGUUUGCACGGAUGUUGACUGGAUCAGGGGCUUC